AGCCAAGAUGGCGUCCAACCACAUCCUGCGCAGCUACUCCAUCAUCCCGUGUUUCAUCUUCGUUGAGCUCGUCAUCAUGUCCGGCACAGUGUUGCUGGCCUACUACAUGGAAUGCACGGACCUUUUCAGCGUGCACGUGCAGGGCUUCUUCUGCAACGACGCCGAGCUAAUGAAGCCGUACCCUGGGACGGAGGAGGCCAGCUUUGUGCCCCCCCUCAUCUUGUACUGUGUGGUGGCCGCUGCUCCAACCGCUAUUAUUUUCGUCGGGGAGGUGUCCAUGUACGCCAUGAAAUCCACAAGGGAAUCUCUCUUGGCCCAGGAGAAGACCAUCGUAACUGGCGACUGCUGUUACCUCAACCCUCUCAUUCGUCGGGUCAUACGCUUCAUAGGUGUGUUUGCAUUCGGCCUGUUUGCCACAGACAUCUUUGUCAAUGCGGGCCAGGUGGUCACGGGCGGUCUCUCGCCCUACUUUCUAUCAGUGUGCAAACCCAACUACACCGGCACCGAGUGCCGUUUGAACCACCAGUUUAUCACCAACGGCAACAUCUGCACCGGAAACCCCAUCAUCGUCAGGAACGCCCGCCGCUCAUUUCCGUCCAAAGACGCCUCCCUAAGCGUUUACUCUGCUGUUUACCUAACGAUGUACAUCACCAGUACCAUUAAGACCAAGUCCAGUCGCUUGGCCAAGCCUGUACUCUGUCUUGGCACUCUCUGUUCAGCCUUCCUCACCGGGCUCAACCGGGUCUCAGAGUACCGAAACCACUGUUCAGACGUCGUGGCUGGAUUCAUAUUGGGAUCAGCGGUUGCCAUUUUUCUGGGUGUGUGCGUGGUGAACAACUUCAAAGGUGUCCACGGCGCAAUACCAAAACAGAAGAGUGAAGAUUACUGCGGUCUCCCCCUGAUGACUUUCCCUCGCGUUGAGAGUCCUCUGGAGACUCUUAGUGCACAGAACCACUCGGCAUCAAUGACGGAGGUGACAUGACUAAGGGGGCAGCACCGGGUCACGUUUGCGUCUCCGCAGCACUUCCAGACACAAUGACAAGGACGCAUGUCACGUGGCUUCGAUUGCUUACCAAAAUCAAACACUGAUAUAUCUGUCUCGCUCACCUCCGGGGGGGACGAAAUCCACCAUGUUUGUAAUGGGCCAUCCGUAUGACAAAAACAAACUCAAGCACAGAUUUUUUUCAUAAUAACUCAUUGCAACAUGGGGCAUUUAUAUUCCUCCAAGGUGUUCUGUUUUUUUUUUUUUUUUUUUUUUCCGUUCGAGGAUGGUGUUUUGCACAUUUUGUAUGAGCGAUUGCUGUUCAACCUACCCUGACAGUGUUCCACCUGCACACUUUUGUGUUGCAUCUCAUCCUGUCAGGUGACUUCCCUCCGUUCGCCACGUCCCGUCCUGUCCCGUCCCCCUUCAGUCUGAAAAUGUGCUAUGGAAACUAGCAAUGUUAAUGUUGUCAUUCGGUGAUGUUUGUCAUUUGUACAGAAAAAAAAGAUAGAAUCAUUUUUUUUAUUAUUAUGGCUGAAUAUGAAUUGACCACGUGGGGUUGAAUUUUGUAAAGAUUUUUGUUAAUCUGUACUAUUACUAUCCUUUUGGACCUGUAUGCCUGCUGUAAACGUUGAUAUGUUUUGGUAUCAGUCAGACACAUUCACGGUGUAUUAUCAGCAACAUGUAUGAACAUGCACAGGGUCCCCAACAAUUUGAUAUCAUUGCAUAGUCUAACAUAACCAAUUCCUGCUCAAAUUGAAUGAGAUGUAUAAAAAGUAACUUUCGAUGAGACAUCUGAUGGAUUUUAUUUUCAAUUAAUUCCUAGGUGUCUCAUUUUACGUACCUUUGCCAAAAUACCCCAAUGAUUAAAAAAAUAAUAAUCAAAAAUUGGCUGUAAAAUCUAUAUUCAUUUUAAUAUGUUUGAACUUUGAUAAUUGUUUUUUUUAAACAUGAAGCCAAUAUCAUUUUAUUUGCAUAGGACAGUGUUUGAUUUCUGUUUUAUUUUUUUUUAAAAAAAGAAAAACUUAAACUAACUGCAACCAUAAUGAGCAACAUUAAAAUACAGUAAUAGAAUAGGAUUCAAGUAUAUUAUACUAUGCCACUGUAUAUACCAUUGUACAAGCCACAUACAAAGUUUGACCAUUAACACCAAGCUUAAAUAUAGGAAGAUAAAUACAAAAAAAUCAAACAGCUUGAAUAAAGAUUGUUGAACAAGUAUUGCACUUUAGGUUUGAAUAAAACUUGUACUUAAAUAUUUAUAAAAAUGGUUAAAGAUUGAAAUCAAAUUUACUUAAAAGUUAAAUAAAACUCAACUGCUUGUUGUACAGUACUUGAGUAAAAAAAAUGUACUGCACCUCAUUAAAAAAACAUUUUAUGUUUUAAUAGUGAUUAAUUGUAUUUAUAUUUAAUCCAGUGAUUCUUUUGUGAACCACAACAAGAAGCCCACCUAGCACUGAUGGUACAGGGACUAUCCAGAUUCAGUGGCCUACAUUAGACAUUCAUAUUUCAAAUGAUGUCAUUUUUUUGGGACACCUUGGAUGUUCAUCUGCAACUACUGUACAAUCUCUCUAUGUCUACUGUAUCUGAAUUCAUUGAUUUAUUCGUUGGAAUUUCUUUUCAGAGGGGUUCUGUUGGGCUAGCCCGUGCCAGACCACUCCAAAACCAAAAUCCCAGUCUUGAAACUGUAAAAACAACAUGGCUUGCUAUAAGGCCUGGCUAGCCCUUUUAAUAAUGUGUGCACCGGGCUAAUAACCACUUCACCUUUCCUCCUUGAGGUUUCCCUCCCCCACCCGCCAGUGGAUUGUGAUGCAAUGUUGUGACUCCAUUUCCUAUUGGAAGAAAACACCCAGCAUGAAGAGAGAAGUCAAGAUGUUUUAUAAAUAUUCAUUAUUUUAAUUCUACUCUUUAACAUUGUGACUAUAAUUGUAUUUUAUGAUAGGUUUGGAAAGAACUGUUUUCAUUUCAAAUGCUGCAUUUAUUUUUUAUUUUCACGGUUUGUUCUCAAAUUAAAUAGUCGGUAGCAACAUGUACUUUUGUGUGUGUGCGCAUUAUUUCAUAAUUAAAGAGUUUCUACAUCCUGGAUCAUAAUGAUUAUAGAUGUCAUGACCUGGGCUGCUGUGACCAAAAGACUGGAUGUUGGUCUAAUCAAUGGGUUGUUUUCA